AUGGGCCGAGCACUUCUGAGGCGCCCUCAGCCGCCCCUCCACCACAUCCGACGCCGCCAUCGCCCGUCUGCCGCAAGUGGAGACCAACGUCGACCUCGACCCCCUGCCUCCCUCCACGAAACCAUCAGGGCCGUCCUGCAGCUCUCCAGCGGAAAGGCGCCCGGAUCAGACGCGAUCCCCACUGAGAUCUACAGGCGCGGUGGCCUCCAACUCAUGAAUCAUCUGACGGCGCUCUUCCAGGACAUGUGGCGUCAAGGAGAAGUCCCUCGGGAUUUCAUAGACGCCACAGUGGUGCAUCUAUACAUGCGGAAAGGAAACCGCCAAAUCUGCGACAAGCAUUGAGGCAUCUUCCUGAACAACGCCGGGAAAAUAUUCGCUCGCAUUCUUCUCAAUCGUCUGAACAGCCACCCAGAACGAGGUGUCAUACCGGAAAUCCAGUGCGGCUUCCAUCGUCAUCGUGGGACCACAGACAUGAUCUCUGCCGCCCGACAACUGCAGGAGAAGUGCCAGGAGAUGCGGACCCACCUGUACUCUACCUUCGUGGACCUGACGAAAGCCUUCGACACGGUGAAUCGUGAAGGACUGUGGAAGAUCAUGCAGGAAUUCGGCUGUAACGACCAAUUCAUUCAGAUGGUGCACCCAGCUCCAUGACGGCAUGAUGGCGCACGCCGCGGACAAUGGAGCCGUCUCAGAGGCAUUUGCAGUGACCAAAGGAGUGAAGCAGGGAUGCGUUCUGGCACCCACCCUCUUCAGUCUUAUGUUCUCUACCAUGCUGAUGGACGCCUACCGCGAUGAACGCCCCGGAUCCGCAUCGCCUAUAGGACGGGCGAUCACCUUCUCAAUCAACGGCGGAUGCACGUCCAAUCGCGCGUAUCGAAAACCAUCGCUCACGAACUUCUCUUCGCCGACGCCUGUGCCCUCAACACCACUUCGGAAGAGGACAUGCAACGGAGCAUGGACCUCUUCUCCGCCGCCUGCGAAAACUUCGACCUGGUCAUCAACAGGCAGAAGACGGCGGUCAUGCAUUAA